AUGGAUGCGCUUAAAGAUAUUACAAAUCGAAAUGAAUUUAUUUAUACUAGCGAUAUUAACCAAGAGGCAUAUUAUUCUUUAUUAUUUGAACCUAAUAAUAACGCUGAACAGUUUAUUGAAUAUCAACCUUCUGGUUUUCAACAACUAUCAGACAAUAUGUCAAUUCAAAGUUUAAAUAGUAUUGAAGAUGAUCA